GGUAAUGCACACCAGAAGGUUGCUUGCCAACCGCCAUUAAACAAAAGAAGAAGCAGUAGUUUCAAGUCCAGGAAACGAAGGCAUUUUGAAAUGUGAUGUCGAAACCGGCACUUUUAAGCCUCCAUCAAGUACUGAGGAGAAGCUUCCGUAGUCUGGAAAGCAGCCGACAAGUAUGGGCGAGCGUGCUGGCCGAGUGCGCCCCCCUGGUGUCGUCCCUGGAGAACUUGACCGAGCAGGCCAGGGCGCUUUCCCACGUCCACAUCUCCGACACGCCGCUAAAAGACAUCCCAGACCUGGAGGAGCUGCUGCGUUUCAAGCUGCUGCAAGCCAUGGACACGGUGUUGUGUCAACUCCACGAGAAGAUGGCUUCGCUCCAGUCGGUGAGAGACGCCAUCAGCAACCACGUUUCAACAGUGGUCCAACUGUACGAGCAGAACGCAGACAGUCUGGAUCUCGUCACCGUGACCCAGCGCUCGGCCGUCAUCCCGUCAGUCGCCGACAUGCUGGAGUGGCUGCAGGAUGCGGGACGCCACUAUCAACAGCAAUUCUUGAGAAGGAAGACUCUCCUGCACAUGCUCAGUACAGAUGACCUCUCCCUGCUGGAAUCUUCUACCAAAAGAUGGAAAGAGAUGGACGCUCCCAAUCAAGAGGAUCACAUCCAAGAUACACUCUGCAAAGUGUCCUUCUUUAUGGAGUCUGGCUAGGUGGGAGAGAAGGGAACAUGUGACGAUGGAAAGAACAUCAAGUAAACCGCACAUUUUUUAACCCAUAAAAACUGAUUUAUCACUUCUUUUUUUUUUGAUGGACAAAAUGUGCCAACACUAACUAUUGGGUACUUCACACAAAGCAACAGUUUCAGUCGGUUCAUGCUUUAACAAACCGUAUUUAUUUCAAAGUUUAUGCAAAGUUUAAGACAGGAAGUAGUCCUUGAAGAAGUCAUUCAAGCCAGAUAUGUAGGAAUAGAAAUAUUGGUGAUUGUGCUCUCCUCCUACACCAGGGGUCGGCAACCUUUACCAGUCAAGGAGCCAUUUUGCCCCAUUUCACAAAAUAAAGAAAACAAUGGGAGCCACAAAACUCUUUUGAAAUUUAAAAUGAAAUAA